GGCGUGGUUGUGUGUCAGUUUCGCUGGGACCCGCGGUCGAUGCCGGUGAGGAGGGGGAUGGGCGCCUCUGCGAAUGUAAGGAUCCGAGACAGAAUCAGAGCCCUGUAUCACAUACAGCAGCAUAUACCCCAUUAUAAAUAGCGACUGUAAAUAUACAAUACACUAAAAUAAAUGGAUUUAUCCAACGGGGAUCUAUAAUAGACACUCAAUGGAUGCAGUGCACCUGAACAGGACAGGGAAUUUAACUUUCCGCCUAUGCGUGGGAGACACUAAGAAGUUUGUUUCCUACCCCUGGAGAGGGAGCUACUUUUAAGGGCAAAGGAUACAGGAGACUCCGAGGCCGGCCCACAGGCCUACUGGUCUGGUUGGAUUUGAUGUUGGGAUACUCUGAGGACUUUCUACUGUACAUGAAUUUGCCUCGCUUGUACAAGUUUGGAAUGUCUCUUUAGGUCCCCCAUGACCGUGAGCCGUGGGCUACGGCUCAGCGGCGCCCCACCUCUGGAGUGGUCUGUUGCUGUAGUUGGGACCCUGUGAUUCCUCUACUCAUCUCUCCUCCUCCCCCCCCCAUCCCAUCCUGUCCCUCCCCUCCCCCUCCCCUUCCUCCCCCUCUUCCCCCCCUCCCACGCGUCGCUGUGCCGGACGUCAUGAGCAUAGUAAUCGCACUGGGAGUCACCACACCUGAAACGUCUUACUCAGAUAUGGCUGCUGGAUCAGACAGUUUUCUGUCUUCUCCACAAAGUCUGCUGGAGAGACCCGAAGAGAUGGGAAGUGCAGUCCACCAAAGACUAAACUUUACCAGACAGAAAUAAAGGAAAUACACCCUGAGUCAGUUGAAGCAAGCCCUGCCGUGAAUGAGAAAAACUACAACAACCACAGCUGUGGGAGCGCACAGAGUCAUGGGUAUCGGGGACUACCAUAUGCUAUGCAACAGUCUUCCGUUGUGUGUUGUCAGGAUCACAACUAUGGCGCGCCCCCUCCCCCAACCCCACCCGCCUCCCCGCUCUCCCAAACCAUCAUUCCCCGCAUGGAUCUCAACGGCGUGGUACGCGGCUCCCACUAUCACGAAACUACCGAGGACAACUCCGCUGACAGCGACAGCUCCUCGGAGGAAGACGGGGCCGUGGCCAGCUGGUGUCACUGCAGCCUGACACCGGAUGGCCUGCUCAUCAAAUGUGACAACUGCAGUGGACUCGACAGGAGGAAAGGAGCAGAAGGCCAACACAGAAAAACAGAAAAUGUCUCAGCUGGAGAGAGCAGUGCCACUGAGAGUGGUGACGAAGAGGUGUCGCCCUCUACUAUUUCCUACACCGCCACUCAGCAUACACCUACCAGCAUCAAACUUACUGUCAACCGGGUCAAAAGGAGUAAAUCCAAAAAGAGGAAGAAGAGCACGGAGAAGGCCCGUGGAACGCCGAAGAGCAAGAAAGUCAAAGCUUUCAGAGAGGGUUCUAGGAAGUCCAUGAGGAUGAAGAACUCAACAACAGAGGCCAGCGUGUUGGAUGAGAACACGACAGAGGGAUGGGAGAGCAGGAUCCGCCAGUGGACGGACCAGUAUGAGGAAGCUCUGGCCAACCAGUACAGCGCUGAUGUCCAAACACUUCUCCAGCUUCACCGCGCUGCCAACGCCACUGUCUCAAAGGCUGAGAGUGGUACCACAAUGCCUCCUUCCACCACACAGAUCCACGCCUCAGUCGACUCCAUGGAUACCAUCAACCGCACCAAGCUGGCCUGUAACAACACAGUGCUUGGCUCACAGAUGCAGCUCCAGUUGGGGCGAGUAACACGGGUGCAGAAACAUAGGAAGAUCCUCCGAGCUGCCAAGAACUUGGAACCAGACACACUCAUCAUUGAAUAUCGGGGAAAGGUCAUGCUUAAACAACAGUUUGAAGUCAACGGGCACUUCUUCAAAAAACCCUACCCGUUUGUGCUGUUCUACUCAAAGUUUAAUGACAUAGAGAUGUGUGUAGAUGCAAGGACCUUUGGAAAUGACGCCCGCUUCAUCAGGAGGUCCUGUACACCCAAUGCUGAGGUCCGGCAUAUGAUUGCUGACGGCAUGAUCCACCUGUGCAUCUACGCCGUCAGUCAAAUCACAAAGGACGCUGAGGUCACCAUUGGAUUUGACUAUGAUUUCAGUAGCUGCAAUUACAAAGUGGACUGUGCCUGCCAUAAGGGCAACCAGAACUGCCCGGUGCAGAAGCACAACCUCAGCCCCAGGGAGAGCUUGCUGAACCCCCCGUCCCUGCCGCCUCCCACUCCUCUGGUUGGUGCCGAGACCCGACGCAGAAAAGCCUGGAGGAGAGAGCUGGAGGGCAGCAUUGCUGGUGACGGCAACCAGAUCCUGGACCAGCACCAGGAGGGCAAAGAACUGCAGGGGGCCAGUGAUGCAGAGGAGAGACUGCUGGAUGAGGUGAAGGUUGAAGAGGGAGAGGAAGGAGAGGUGGAUGAAAAUGGGGUCGCCAUCUCCACUAAAAGAACAUGUAACAGUCUGGAAAGGAGGCGAAAGAGAGUGGGGGGAACAGAGGUAAAGGAGGAGGGUGUGGAAACUGAGGACGGGGCAGGAAACCUCGCAGAGAACACCCCCAUACCCCAUAACACUGGAGUGGGGGUCAGCACACGACGCACCACCUAUGUCAUGGAAGUGCCAUCUAUUGAAGAGAAGACCUCAUUACCCAACCUGCCUGCCCCAGUUGCUCCCCCUAAACCUGCACGACCUACCAAACCUCGGCCCAAAAGUCGGAUUUCUCGCUACCGGUCAAGUUCUUCCCAGCGUGCCCGGCGGCAGCGCCAGGCCCUCGCCCAGCAGGCAGCAGCGGCUGCUGCGGCUGCAGCAAUGGCAGCGGCGCCAUCAUCGGCUGAUCAGGGUGCUGCACUGGACGAGGAGGGAUCUCAGGGCCCGUAUGGUGCUGAACAUGGCAGUGGAGAGAGCAGUCUGGGGGGUCAUCUCCUAGAUGGAGAUGGCCAGGGUCUAAACUGCAUAAAUCGAGGCAACCUUCGCUAUCCCAAGACCAAGAAGUACCUGGUGACAGAGUGGUUGAAUGACAAGGUCCCUGGAGGGGAGAAGGUCCACCAAGAGGUGCCUGUUGAGCGCCUGCUGCGGAUAACCACUGACCCCACGGUGCUGGCCACCACCCUCAACAUGCUGCCAGGCCUCUCCCACUCAUCACUCAUAUGCACCACACCCAGACACUACGUUCGAUUCGGCUCCCCAUUCAACCCUGAGAGACGGCGGCCCCGCCCACUCCAAAUGGACGGCACUUACGGCUGCUACAAGAAGAGAUGGAUAAAGCAGCUGGAGGAUGAGAGCUGUUCGGCCAGUGUGGAGGAUGGCACAGAGUCCACCUCCUCCCAGCAAAGUACUAGUAGCAGAUCCACCCCCAACCCCCUGUCCAGCGAAGUCAUUGCACCUUUUAAGAAACGCCGCUCCAAGUAUAUGGCAGAGACAACCCCACCACCUUUGGACCACCUGCUUCGCCCACUGUCGCCCAUCACACCGCCACUCCCAGAGGACUCCCUCCACCCGUUGCUCCACACCACCUGUGGCUCCCUGCUGCAUAACGGCCUGAUCUACUCACCCAUGACCUCACUGCCCACCAGCCGCUGCAAUACACCUCUGCAAUUUGAAAACAUAUCAUCCCCUGAGGCUUCUCCCGUUCACCGGCCAGAGUCCAUCUCUCCUGAGCCAUGUCUUCAGACAGACUUUGACGUUCCUCGGCCUCAGUUCCCAGACCUGUCACUCCCCUCCAGCUUGGAGAGCCCUGUGGCUGUGACCUCAGACGAUUUUUCCCUUCCUGGAGGCCCUUCAGGCCCCGACUCCCAGGGUCCAUCAUCUGUAGGGAACAGUUCCCUAAACCCAGUGUCCUGUCCCUCAUCAGACCUAACCCCCCAAAACAGGGAGCAGGCCUUCAGGACAGAGUUUAACCUCAUAUACACCUGCUCGCCCCUCAACGCAAACCUGGGAAACCCUGUGGCCACCGACCUCCGCCUCUCCCAGUCAGAAGGUGGUUUCUCCCCAGCAGAGUCCUUCCACAGUUCCAUUAGCGGCCAGGGGCUUCUGGGAGAUGUGGGCCCCGGCCCCAUGUCACCCUAUGGCGAACCUCAUUAUGGGGGAGGCUACCCGGAUAGUGGAACACCUCCUCACACCAGCAACCCACCACAAAAGAAGAAGAGGGCCAACCAGCAUACCAUUAGUCUGCUGACAGGAAAGCCAGAUUACCAGGCUAUAGCUGUAAGAAGUGAAUACAAGCCAGUACAAAAUAUGGUGUCUUUGCUGGAGUACCGUAAGAGGAAGCAGAGCAGUGGUCGCGACUCGGAGCCAGUCGGCAGUAGCUCAUCUCUGGGUAGCACCCCCACCAGGCCUGGCUCCCACUACAGCCAGGAAUCCCAUCAUUCCCAUACCCAUUCCCAUUCCCAUCAGCAGAUGCAGUCCCUGGCCUCCCCGCACAGCUCGUUCUCUUCCUCAGCACACUCCUCCUCCAUCCCACAGAUAGAGGAGGUCAGUCCUCCAGACCACCAGGGCUCGUCCAGACGCCAGGACAGCAACAACCAAUGGAUGGUCCCCACUACUGUUGAACGUCUAAGGGAAGGUCAGGGGGGUCUGGAGCGAGUGCUAAGAAGCAUCAAGAUGGAGCGGAUUCAGAAGAGAAGUGAUGGUUCUACAGAGAAGGAAUCUGAUGCAGAUCGAUAUGAGGUGCAGGCAGCAUCCAUGGCUUCUCCCAUGAAGAGUCCACACAGAUACAGUCCCUCUGUGUACUCUCACCAGUCAUCAGAAAGCCACCAGCAGACCGACAGUCCGUCGUUUCUCCAGCAGACCUCCAAUUCUCCAUUCCGGGGUUCUUACAGUCCCUCAUCAGGCCAGAGCUUCUACCCUCGCCCCUCCUCCUCUCUGUCCCAGGACCACCCUCCCUCCUCCUAUCCCAGUCAGACUCCCACCUCUUCCUCAGACUCGAGGCCGCCAGCAGGCUCUGUGCACCAGCAGAGUGGCGGUAGUAACGUGGACGGAGGUCACGGCUAUGGCAGUAGCCACUUAAAAGCGAGCCUCAUGAACAGCAGUGGCAUGGUGGGGAGCCCCAACCCGGGACCCAGGGCCCACGGGCAGACUAAAAUAGACUUGGGCGCUCAGGCCUCCAGAGGGAGUCAGCAGCAGGCCUCUCGCAGCCUGAAGUCAGGCAGCCCUGGCCAGACGGCGCUGCAGGCCGGCUCCAGGCUGCUGUCGGCCUCUGGACCGACACACUACCCACAGCGAGGGACAAGCCUCAGUCAGUUCCAGCACUCCCCCCUCCAGGGACCCGGAGUAAGGACACAGUCAGGAAGCUUUUAGGACCUUGUUCAAGUGUGUUUGUAAGUGUGAGUGUGUGCGCGUGAGUGUGUAUGAAGGUUCAUACCUCCUCAACCCCUAAAGCUGUGGUGAAAUGGGGCUCAGGGAGUUUGGGGAGGGGAAAUGUACAGACCUUAAGAGGAGCAAGGACUUCUUUACGGAUUUCUCCUUUUCUUAUUUUCUGUCUUUUCUUUCUUUGUUUUCAGAAAAAAACAAAUUACCACAUUCUGCACAGAGCUAAUCAUUGACUUUGGACAUCAUCACAGAAUCAGUGGAAAAAGCGAUUUGGAUGAUGCGUUCUGCAGAAAAACAAGAAAUCAAAUGUAACUUGAAAUUUUCCCCAGUGUUUCCUCACGUGCCGGACUGUGCAAACAGGCUCUAUAUUGUCGGAGAGUAAAAACUUCCACAAAAAAAAUGUCUGUAAAAUGUUCUAAAAUGCCGUACCUGUCGUCAUGGUACCCAGGUUGGAUAAAUGUUGAGAUGCAUAUGUAACUGAAAGCAAGAGUUGUUUUAUUUUAAAAAACAUUUUCAAUGUCAAUGUUACUCUUUUUGAUUUGGCGGGUGGCCGAGUCUGUGCUGCAGUAAACAAGUGUUUGAUUUGAAAAGGGGGAAAUAAUACAAGCAAAGGCAACAUGUUAAUCAUCCGUUCUAAAGAUGCAUUAGAGAGGCAGGGGGAAGGGUUUCUCCUUGGAUACGAUCAUUCCACAUGAUUACCAGCUUCCACGUUCUCUCACUAAACAUGAAAACAGACACCCUUUUUUCUCUAGGUUUUCCGUCUGUUCCGAUAUUCUGUUGUUUUGGGUUCUCUUCUGUUCUCUCAUCCCCACUGGACUGUUUGAUUUCACAUUAGGACUACUUCACUGUAGACUUCUGAUAUUGUACUUGAGACGUACAGGUCUUAUGAUUCAUGGUGCUGCAUUCUUGUUUUUUCCAAUAAAUUUGAAAUCCAGUUAUGUUCCCCACCUACUGCUGCAUUCAUCUUGUCAUUGAAUCAGUUGAAAUCAGUUUUAUUUUUCUCCAAAUUCAUGCUAAUCAUAUAUUGUAGAGAUGAAAUGCAGGAACAAAAUAAGAGGCAGAUAAUCCAACUUUAUUUUAAUGUUGGAUUUGACUGUUUUUAUUCAGCCGGUUUCUUUAAAUAUAGAUAUGUAUAUGUAUUUCUUCUGACCAAUCCUUGCAUUCCGUGCGACACCAAGGAAAACCGGGAAGGGGACACUCUGAAUGAGUGUAUGGAUUGUUUAUAAAAACUAGGUAAAAAAAGCUGCUAUUUUUCUCCUGUGAGAGCUGCUUCCUUUUCCACAGAAUGCUGUAUUUUUAUUUUUCCUUUUAACUCUGAUCCUCACAAACUGACUUGUAAAGAAAGAGGCGGUUCUCCUGUCCGCUUCAGUGGGACCUCAAACCGACAUUAAGCUGGCAGCUGGCAGCAGGAGUCACCCUCUCCUCCCUGAGACUUUUAUUUUGGACCAGAUGUGGAAAACAGCCUUGUUUGUGUGGAAGACUUCAAGGACCGAGAACAGUCAUGAGACUGGACCCCCCCCCCCCCCCCCCCCCCCCAGUCCACCAACACACAGAAGGGUACUUAGUGAAUGUUUGACAGAUUGAAAAAAUAAAGUUGUGACCCAAAAUUAACCAGCACCUUAAAAUGAAAGAAAUACAACCUAAAAACACAAUAGGACAAUAUGUAUUGUGAUGUGUACCUGUAUAGAAAGAAAUGUGAUGCAGACCUAUAUGGACAAAAUACAGUGCACUGAGUUAAUCGCAUGAUGUUUGUUUUUAGGGUCUGAGUGACCAACUUGUUCAGAUCGUUGGAAGCUAAUCAUCGGGUGUGUUCCUGGGUUCCUCCAAAAACCAGACGCUGCAUUCUUUUUUGUUUUGUUUUGUAAAGGUCAUUCUGUUAGUUUGGUUUUAUUUUUACACAGAUCAUAGUAGUAGCUAUUUUAUUGUUCCUCUCCAAAAGGUUUAAGAAGCAAAAGAUGUAAUGCAUUUUGAUAAUAAAAUAAUCAUGAUGGUAAUGUAUUUUGGAAACUACCAUUGUGAUGUGUCAUUUGAGGAA